UGGCAACGUAUCUUAAGGAGGGAUUUGGUCAAUCAGAGUUUCAGACUCUCGUCAAGCUUGCGGAGCUUUAACAUGCUAAUAUGCUAAUCAGAGCAUAUUUAUCGGGUAAAGGGGGAAAAACAAAACAAAAGAAACAAUGGGAAUAAAUUCGCAGUGAACGAGAGGAAGCUACAGUGACCGAUGGGAAGCUGAGGAGGAAGUUUUACAACUUUUUAAACACGCUGUGUGCGGUUCGCUGCUAGCUCCUCAACGGCUAGAGCUGCUAGCAGUUUGAAAACUUUCUGAAGCCGCCCAGGAGUUAGACGGACCCUUUCUGGAGUUUUCGGCAGAAGCUGAACGAGUGCAGGAAUUAGACUUGACUCAUGACCGUGGAGUUGUGAAUCGCUCCCCGGUUCCGUCUACCCUGUUCCGGAUGGCUGAGGAACGAGAGCCGCGGGGAGCGGCAGAGUUGAUCAAAGACCGUCUGUACUUCGCCACGUUACGCAGCAAACCCAAAAGCACCAUCAACACCCACUACUUCUGCACCGACGACGAGUUUGUCUACGAGAAUUUCUACGCAGACUUCGGGCCGCUGAACCUGGCCAUGCUCUACCGAUACUGCUGCAAGCUCAACAAGAAGCUGAAGUCGUUCACGCUGACCAGGAAGAGAAUCGUUCACUACACCAGCUUCGACCAGAGGAAGCGCGCCAACGCCGCCGUGCUGAUCGGCGGCUACGCCGUGAUUUACCUGAAGAAGACUCCAGAGGAAGCCUUCAGAGCGCUGAUCUCUGGCUCCAACGCCGCCUACCUGCCCUUCAGGGACGCCUCCUUUGGGAAUUGCACCUACAACCUCACAGUGCUGGACUGUCUGCAGGGAAUCAGGAAGGCUUUGCAGCACGGCUUCUUUGACUUUGAGACGUUUGAUGUGGACGAAUACGAACACUACGAGCGCGUCGAGAACGGAGACCUGAACUGGAUCGUCCCGGGAAAGUUUCUGGCCUUCAGCGGACCGCAUCCCAAAUCCAGGAUAGAAAACGGUUACCCUCUGCACGCGCCCGAGGCUUACUUCCCCUACUUCAGGAAGCACGGAGUGACCACCAUCAUCCGCCUGAACAAGAAGAUCUACGACGGAAAGCGCUUCACCAACGCCGGCUUCGACCACUACGACCUCUUCUUCAUCGACGGCAGCACGCCCAACGACACCAUCUUACGCCGCUUCCUGUACGUCUGUGAGAACGCGCAAGGAGCCGUGGCCGUCCACUGCAAAGCCGGUCUGGGCAGAACGGGCACUCUGAUUGGCUGCUACCUGAUGAAACACUACCGCUUCACCGCCGCCGAGGCCAUCGCCUGGAUCCGGAUCUGCAGGCCCGGUUCUGUCAUCGGGCCGCAGCAGAACUUCCUGGAAGACAAGCAGGCGUCUCUGUGGCUGCAAAGCCAGCACACUCUGAAGGGAAGAAUAGAGGACAAGACGGCGCAUCUCAUCAGCGGCCUGGACGAGCUGUCGCUAAGCUCCGCCCACAACGCCAACUUCCUCCGAUCGGCGAGCGCCGAACGUCUGCAGGAGGACUUUUCUGUCAGGCAAAAGUUUCAGUCGCCCACAGACAUCCUCAUUGAACUUUGUGACUCGAGGCAGUUGAGGCUACUGGGUGACAUUACAGACGGUUCGGGUCUUACGCAGGGCGACAAACUCCGAGCCCUGAAGAGCCGCCGCCACCCUCGCCCAUCUGUGAGCGGAGGAGCUGUGAGAUUUGAGGAGUCUAAGAGCCACCAUCGGCCCAGCUCACCGCCGCUCCGGUUAUCAAAAGGGAGCAGUCAAAGUCCCGCCUCGAUCCUCAAGCCCUCCAAACUCCCAGCAUCCUCUACUUCUCCUGCUGCCAAGAGGAUCGGGAGGAACUCGCUAUCGCCGAUGUCAAACAUCCGAAGCUCAGCUUUCGGCUCGCGCCUGGCCAGCUCCCUCGGAGAUCUCUACGCCGCCGACGCCGAGGAGGAUGAGAAGACUCCCUUCUCCUCUCUUCCUCCCUCCUCUUCCUCCUCUAUCUCUGUAAGCCCCGCCCCCUCGGCCCCUUCGCCCGGCUACAGUGGCGGGCUUCGCGGCGCGCAGCACGAGGUCAACAACAACAGUACCUUGUACGGCGGCUCCGCGGCGCCCCCUGCGGUCAAGGGUUAUAUGAGGCCGCAGCAUCAGGACGUCAGUGCCUUCAGGGGCCAUGGGCCCUACAGCGCCAUGAAGGGCCCCUCAGGACGUUACCUGAGCCGCUCCAUACCUUCUCUUCAGUCGGAAUACAUCCAGUACUAGAACCCGCGGCCCGACCUGAGGGUCCAGAACCACCUCCUCCUCUGACAGCUCCAGCUUUGAAUCGGGAACCCGAAUAAACCGGCGAGAGCUGGACUCUGGACUCAGACUGUAUGUGAGCGAAGCUGUGUGUAAAUGUGACCCGAUCGGCUCCACAGCGUUUUAUGUUCCUGACAGAACAACUCGGGCUUCAAAGUGCUUUUGAAGGUUUUUUGUUUCGUUUUGAUAAACGGGGACGGUCAGCUGAUCGGCGGCUCACCCCGUCGCCAUGGUUACAGUAUUUACGUCCAGUUUUGGUGAAGACGGGACUUGGUCUGAAACGCCUUAGAGAAGCUUUAAAAAACAAACUUUUAUCUUUAACGGACUGAAAAUAGACGGUUCUCUUUCUCAGGUUCAGAUUUACGACACCAGCAACAAAGAAGGAAAAAAGUUUUAUCUGUUUCAGUUUGAUGCUUCCAACAUGCCUGGAAAAUAAUGAAAUGAGCAAGAAAACUUUAACUAGGCUAAAAUGUAGUUGUAGUUGCCGUGGAGACAUGAGCAGAAGUGUAGUUCGAGUGUCGUUUUUACGGUCGGACUGAACAGUUUUACCAGCACAAACCAGCAGCUGCCUGCAGGGGGCGCUCAGCAGAUCACAUCAUGUUAUAUUUUAAUGUUUACUAAUCGACUCGUCUUAAAAAUUGUUACAUGUGUUUUUUUGUAAGCCGGAUCCGUCCGAGCCCGUCUGAUUUUUGUCCCUCGGCUGAAGAAGUUCUGGAUUCUUCCAGUAAUCGGGUCCAAAGGCUCGGUUCCGACCCGUAUCACACCUCCAGCUGGGAGAAUUCGGACCGGAGCCGCAGUUUCAAACAGGCCCAGAGUGCCUUCUACACGUUAUCAUGAAGAAGAGACUUUUAUUGUGGCGGUCCCCAACAGGAAGUUGUGUGGCUGCUGUUUUAACCAUGAAUGUUUUUUCAUCUGUAUUUAUGUCACUGAGACUUUAAAGGGAAGUCAGAAAAUAAUGUUUUCUCUCAACUGAACCAAGAGUUUCUGCACAAAUAAAAACAGGAAACACAA